UGCACAUUUAGUUUGGUUCUGGGCCGGUAUCAGUGCGCGUGCUUUCGCCGCGUCUGCGCGUGCCCGCAGCCAGUAGGAGAUCCAGAAACAGAGCCAAAGAUCAUCAUCAUCAUCAUCCUCCUCAUCAUCCUCCUCCUCCUCCUCAUCAUCCCGGAGGAGAGGCCCAUUGAAUGCAUGCCCGACACGCCUUACCCGGAACGCAAAGAUGAGUUUACGCGUCUGAUCUCAACCGUGUGCUGUGUUCGAUUCGGGGAUUUGAGAGCAGAUCCGGAGGUUCGGCCGCCCGUCGGUUCGAUGCGAGACUACACCAACAUGCGCGUGUGUGACUGAGGUGCAUGCAUCCGACCAGGACACGGACUCUAGGAACCGAGUCAAGCCGUGGAGCAGACGACUUGCAGCUCACGGGUUCACCGAUCAUCAUCAUCCGCUACAUGUGACCGAACCGAACCGUCCGAACCCAUCGGCAGCUUCACCAGCGAGCUGCGCUUUAGCACGGCAGGACAAAAAAGUAUGGCUCCCCAUCUGGACGCGGCUCGCAAAUUGUUCUGGAUCUUAAUGAAGUCGCUGCUCCGUUUCACCUUCAUGUUUGUCAAUAACUGUGUUGCGAUCCCGUCCUACUGCCUCUACCUGAUAGCCCUUCAGCCGUUAAGAGUUCUGGAUGCCCACACGUUCUGGUACAUUGAAGGGGUUAUGUUCAGGUGGUUACUGGCAAUGGUGGCGUCUUGGGGAUGGUUUGCAGGUUACACAGUGACAGAAUGGGGUGAUGAUGUGAGACCAAUGACUGAAGAUGAAGCCAUGGUCAUAGUCAACCACCAAGCCACAGGAGACGUGUGCACCCUAAUGAUGUGCUUGCAGGACAAGGGCACGGUUGUACGAAAGAUGAUGUGGUUGAUGGACCAUGUUUUUAAGUAUACAAAUUUUGGGGUUGUGUCCCUGAUUCAUGGGGAUUUCUUCAUCAGGCAGGGCAAAGCAUAUCGAGAAAAGCAGCUAAUUUACCUGAAGGAUCACCUAGACAAGUAUUACUACAGCAGAGACAGGAAGUGGAUUGUGCUGUUUCCUGAGGGCGGUUUCCUGAGAAAGAGACGAGAGACAAGCCAAUCCUUUGCCAAAAAGAAUGACUUGCCCUACUUGACUCACGUAACACUGCCACGGCUGGGGGCCACACAGAUUAUCCUGAAGACCUUAGGACCCCAGCAGGAAAACGGCAUCUUGGGAACAGAAGGAAGUCCACCAGUUCAAACUACCAAAGCUAAAGGACUACAGUGGGUAAUAGACAUGACCAUAGCCUACCCUAAUGCAAGACCCAUGGACAUUCAGACAUGGAUUUUUGGUUACAGAGAUCCAACAGUCACACAUGUACACUACAGGACAUACCCUAUAAAGGACGUCCCGCUAGAGUCAGAAGCACUGGCAGACUGGCUAUAUCAGCGAUUUGUGGAAAAGGAGGAACUUCUGGCUCACUUCUACAAGACAGGAGCUUUCCCUCCACCAGACGGCCAAAAAGAAUUGCUCUCCCGAAACAUGACCCUCGACAACUCCUGGCUGUUUUUAGUCCAAACGUUUGCCUUCGCCUCGGGCUACAUGUGGUACAGCAUUCUACAUCACAUCUACUGCUGGUUCUUCUGACCGCUCUGAGGAGAGCGAAGCGCGCAGGUCGGGAGGAGACAAAGAGCCCCGAAUGCCAUUCUCCUCUGCCGGAUGGUUGAAUGUACCCCGCAGGACGACUCCAGUUGCUGUAUCCGAUCGCGGUCCCCAUCCUUAGUCACAUCCACCCAGUCCCUGCCGCCCAUGCGUCUAUCCUUUUAGAGUUGCGUAGAAACCAGUUUGACAUGUUUACACAUGUGCGCUCACAUGCAGAGAGAAGAUUAUGCACAUCUAAUUGUUUACUCAUGCACAUGUGGACACGCCUCAUUGUUUUGUUUUGUUUUUCUUUGUUUUUACAAUCAAAAUUAGGCUCAGGAAUAAGCCAGAGAUAGAUCCGUCACGUCCUCUCAUUUCGCUCAUUUCCUGCCAUGUGAGCUCCACCCCCUUUUUAUCGUGAACUCCCAAACAGGAUGACUGAAAUUAGUUUUCAGAGACUGCUGUCCUCUUUGGAAGAGCCUCCUCUGGCCUUCAUUGCACUAUGAAUCCUCGUCGCCCCCCCCUCCCCCGACGGAUUUCUUCUUCCUCGUUUCGUCUCAUGUUGACUGGAUGCCGUUUUUCUAUGUGUAUUGUCAGUAUUGACGGUGGAACGAUUGUGCUGUUUACACUGGCAAAAGGGGGAUUCGGUCUCGGAAAACGCGUCGAAGACGAAACCGCUUGUUUUAGAACCUAUAAAACAAGGAGACUGCAUCCUCUAUGGGACUUUUACACAAUCAACGCCAUACAGACACAUCUAAGCGCACCACAUGACUGCCACACGACCGAUUCGAUUGGACUAAUACCCCUCCCCUCCAACGUUUUACAAAUACUAAGCCAUAUGCUUAUCUUAGGGUCAAACGGGGGCGGACAUUCUACUGACUGAACUGUUGUGUUUGUUCAUUGUCCCAAAAAAAAAAAAGAUUUUAAUUUGUUGUUGUUGUUGUUUUUUUUUUGAGUCAAUUGGUCUCAUUUCUGUAAAUGUGACAGCAUAACCUGCCUGUGUGAUUGUGUGCGACUGCCCGUUUUUUUUUUUGUUUUUGUUUUUUUACAAAUUUUUUUUUUAGAUGCACAUAAUGCCUGGUAGCUUCAUGUUAUAUCAGAGUGUUGGCAAAUAUCUGUUUAAUAGUUCCUUUUCCCCCUCAUUCUGUGGUUCAUCUUGUACAGAAAGGAGUUGAAAACAAGUUGUAACGGCCCGAGUCGCUUUCUGUGUUUUUACUUCUGAAAUAUCAUGAAUGUUGGAGGGAAAGGCAGUUAAAGGAGCUUCUGUCCCGGCAGGUGCUUUACAUUUGCUCUCAGUAUCUGAGCGUCAUCUCGUCUGCCAUCCGUUGAUCGCGUUCUGCUCAUCAAAAAGAAACCGUCUUAAAACUGCUGCCACACAGAAGGGAUCAGAGAGGCGUAGAUUCAGCAAAGAUUUUAGACUAGCUUUAGACUAUCUUGAGAAGACUGGAAACAUUUUCCUCGAGCUUGAGACAGAAUUGCAUUUUUCAUGUGUGAAAUUGUGUGUGUGUGUGUGUGUGUGUGUGUGUGUCGAUGGGGAGGAAUGCCAUGCUUGAGUCUGUCUACGUGUCAAUGGAAUAUGGGUGAGGUCCAGCAAUAAUGUACUCAAAAAUAAAUGCCCAUGUUGUGGCGUUUUAAAGAAAACGAUGCUUAGAUGUACAAAUUAGACAUUUGUAGAUGAAAACAUUGCACCGUAACUGUCAUCCCCAGCCCCUCUUAACCCGAAGCCAUGUCGUCUGUGAAAGUGAACUUUGUUUCUAUAGCUUGCCAGAUUGAAAUGUGUAUGAAGCCAGAAGACUAAAGCCAAGUUUGAUGCGGACUGCAUUCAGAGCAGGCUUACGUCACCCCGCGAGGAUCCCACACACAGUCUGGGGGUUUCUCGUUUCGUCAGGUGGAGACGUAACUUUGUAUGGUUUUAUGUUUAAAAAAAGAAAAGUGUGAUAUCUCUCUAUAUAUUAGCGAUCUAACCAAAUUACAAUAGAAUGGUCCAUAAUUUUCAUUUUGUACUCCUGUUUUUCUCUUCUUAGCUACCCAGCCAUUUUACAACACACAAAUGAAUUGUGCUGGAAUAAAAAUCAUGCGCAGCAGUGAAA